AAAUUCCUCCUCCAGAAUUCCCCAUCUUUUUGUUUCCUACCCGGAAUACCCGGCAAGAUGGCGCUUAAUCUUGAGAAACAGUUGCUCUUCUAUGGAGCCUACCAUAGCAAUCCCGUCAACGUUGCAAUCCACAUCACCUGCGUCCCAGUCCUACUGUUUACCGGCAUCGUACUCGCCUGCAACUGUCCGCCCUUCUUUACUCUCCCGGAUGCCAUCCAGAUCGAAUACCUGCCGGCAAAUGCCGGAACAAUCGGCGCCCUCAUCUAUGCCACAUUUUAUGUCCUCCUAGAGCCCAUAGCUGGUGGCCUACUCGCACCCGCUGUGAUUACAGCUGCAUACUACGGAAACUACUUCCUCAGCACAUACGGCAGCAUCGUGAACUACUGGGCCGGGGGCAUCCACAUUGUGUCAUGGCUGGCGCAGUUCAUCGGACACGGCGUGUUUGAGAAACGUGCCCCGGCCUUGCUGGAUAACCUUGUUCAGGCUUUACUGCUUGCGCCGCUGUUUGUCUGGAUGGAGGUUCUGUUCUUCUUCGGAUAUCGCUCGGAGCUUAAGAAGCGGUUUGAGAAGGGCGUUGAGCUGGAGAUCCUGAAGUUCCGGAAGGAGGGGAAUGAGAAUGGCAAGGGGAAGGGUAAGGUGGCCCAAUAAAUGCUGACAUGUGCGUACAGCAUGCAGCAAGGGGAGAUAUUGUUCGCCAAGACCGGGUGCUCUACUCCGUACUCCGUAUGUUGUUAUCGGG